UUUAUUAUUGAGUCUCUAUUAAUCAGAAUGUUAACAAUAAUCUAGCAAAAAGACGCAAUUACUUGGCUUCAUCAUUCAUAGUUAUUAGAAUACAUUGCAUUUUCACAUUUUCCCCCCAAGAUUAGUUUAUAUCUAUCUUGUGUCCCGGGCCUUUUAAUCUAAAAAAAAAAAUAUAUAUAUAUAUGAAAGACCAAUUAAAAUAAAUUACCCCUGCACAUCAAUACAAAAAUAUAUAAGUGGGGGGGAAAAAAACAACAACAACAUAAUUACGUCCAAACAAUAAAGACAAUGCAUCGUUUUAAAAAGAUACAUGUUGAGUUUUUGGCUCCGAACUUUUUUUUUUUUUUUCCUUUUUUUCCCCUUGUGGUCUAUAAAGUGUGGAAGUUGAGUUGCUGGUAAUGAUAACGAGGGAGGGUUAAUUGUUUUCAAUUGUUUGCUGGCCGAUAAGAGUAAAUUGUGAUUGGGGGGGUCUCAAUUUGCACUUUUGAGCGCAAUACACGUUGACGGAAAGACAAUGAGAGCAACACAAAUUGCUGAAAAAGCUUCUUGUACUGCCAAAAAUAAAGCAAAUAGUUUUACGCUUUUCUGCACAAACAUCCCAAAUGGAUUAGCUUUAAUUUUGACUAAAGUCAUUGGAAAUAUUUCUUGAUUUUUAAAUGAGAUUAAAUAUGCUACUAUCAUUGAUUGAAGCAAAUAUUUAUUUAGGUUUUUUUUUUUUUCCCCCUUGGGGACUUGAUCGAAUCCGAAAAUAAAUAAGAGUGAAAUAGAAUUGAAUGGAUUUCAUUUGGCUGCCUGGCUUGUUGUCUAAAUGGAAUUGAAAGUUAUUUUGUGAAACACUGGGAAGAAAAAUAUCUGCUGUGAUUUCUAUGAAUCAUCAAAACAAAAAAAUGAAUUUGUUUUGUUCGGUCAAAAGACUUAAAACACUGCUUUCAUUUAUUCUACUUUAAACUUCAUCCACAAUCAAAGUCAACGUAUGAGCGGUUUUCCCUACUUUUGAUAAAGAAAACAAAUGAAAACAAAACAAGUAUUAAAUUCAAUUUUACACUUUAUAAUAGAUGCCAUUUAUUUUUUUUGUUUGAGUUGCAUUUGCACUUUUUGUUUUGAGCUACUCCCAAGUUUGUAAGACAAAUAAAAAAAAAAAAAAUUUGGUUAACAUGUAAAGUGACUUAAUUAGAAUUGCAUCCACAUAAUCAGCAGUAAAUGAUAUCGAUGUAAUUUACAACACCGGUGUCAAAGUCAAGGCCCUGGGCCCAGAUCCGGCCCACCAAAUCGUUUUGUACGGCCCAUCAAAGCAAUUCCAAUGUGUCUACUUGGUUUUUGUUAAAUAGAUUUGCUCUUUUCAUAUCGUAAGAAAAUAUGUAAUUUUAUUUACUUUAAACGGAUUUUUCCUUCACUAAAGCCGCUCUUUAACAGAGCAAAUACGCCCUCCCCCCCCCCCCCCCCCAUUCAAUAACAAUAGUAUUUGUUUUUUUCCUAUCUUCUGAUUAAAGUUUGUUGUUAAUACAUUUUCAAAAUAAAAUUCUAAAUGAAGAGAUAUUUUACAUUAUUUCCUCGGUGGUCCUGCCACAUUUUUAGAGAAGUCAAACCAGUUCAUUCAAAUGAUUCACUUAAUCCAGAACAUUUUGGGAACCUUUUAAUCCCGUUUGCCCAAUUUUCACGAUCAAACUCCCAAAUGCAGAUAUAUUUGGCAUAAGGGCGAUGAAAUGCAACUGUGUGUCUAUGUAAUAAUGUGCUGACUUUCCCAUGCAGUCAUAAGGGAAGCGACGACUUCGCGCGUUGUGAACGUUGCACUUUUUGUGUUUCGCACGCAGCGAGCCGCCUGUGGCCCUCGCUCGCGUCCCCGCCGUCAAGCUGCAGCAUCCCCGGGGCCGAGCAGCAGCAGCGGCAGCGGCGAGCCUGCAGUGGGCCGAGCUGGGCGGCGCCGCGGUGAGCGCCGGCUGUAGCAUGAUGUCCUACCUCAAGCAGCCUCCCUACGCGGUCAACGGCCUGCACGGCCUCAGCGGGGCCGCCAUGGACCUGCUGCACCCCUCCGUCGGAUACCCGGCGACGCCGAGGAAGCAGCGUCGCGAGCGGACGACGUUCACCCGAUCCCAGCUGGACAUCCUGGAGGCUCUGUUCGCCAAGACUCGCUACCCGGACAUCUUCAUGCGAGAGGAGGUGGCGCUCAAAAUCAACCUGCCCGAGUCACGCGUCCAGGUGUGGUUCAAGAACCGCCGGGCCAAGUGUCGUCAGCAGCAGCAGAGCGGCGGGGGCGCCAAGGUGCGGCCCCCCAAGAAGAAGUCGUCCCCGGCCCGCGAGAGCACGGGUUCGGAGAGCAGUGGCCAGUUCACGCCGCCCGCCGUCUCCAGCACGGGUUCGUCCUCGUCCUCGUCCGCGGCCUCCAAUCACGCGGCGGCGCUGAGCAGCAGCACGGCGCCGUCCAUCAGCACCGUGUCGUCCAUCUGGAGCCCCGCCAUCUCCCCGGGUAACGCCCCCGCUCCGGCCGCCGCCCCCUCGGCCGCCCCUCUCCCCGAGCCCGGCCCGCCCUCCAACGCCUCCUGCAUGCAGCGUUCCGUGUCGGGGUCGGCCGCCGCCUCGUACCCAAUCUCCUACAACCAGACGGCGGGCUACGGCCAGGGCUACCCGGCCCCCUCCGGCUCCUACUUCGGGGGCGUGGACUGCGGCUCCUACCUGGCGCCCAUGCACUCCCACCACCACCAGCUCAGCCCCAUGGCCGCCUCGUCCAUGUCGACGCAUCCGCACCACCACAUCGGCCAGUCCUCGGGACACGCGCACCACCACCACCCGCACCACCACCACCACCCGCACCAGGCCUACGGCGGAUCCGGACUGGCCUUCAACUCGUCCGACUGCCUGGAUUACAAAGAGCAGACGGCCGCCUCGUCCUGGAAGCUCAACUUCAACGCCUCUGACUGCUUGGACUAUAAAGACCAGACCUCCUGGAGGUUCCAAGUCUUGUGAUCGCUGACUUUUUUUUUUCUACCCCCGAUGAAAGCGGCUGGAUCGCUUGGGAGCCGGAACACUCUAGCUCUUAGAAUUCCCGGUUGGGAGCGUGUUUUGCUACGUUCUUAAUCCAGAACUCUCACAGCCGGUGGGUUUGGUGCGCUCGGGAGCCAGAGCACGCAUACGCCCGAGCGUGGAAUUCUAGGAACUCUAGGGGCCGGAAUGAUCCCGCUCCCGAGUGCUUCGGCUCCUGAAUGUUCUCGAGCCGGAAGCGCUCGGGAACCGGAAAAAUCCAGCUCCAUGAAUUUCGUGUUUGGAGCAUGUUGCGCUCCGGAUCCGGAAUUCUCGGAGCUGGAAUACUCCCGUCUCCCGAGUGCGCCGACCCCUGAAAGUUCGUGAGCCGGAACUCUCUGCUCCAUAAUUCCGGGUCCGGAGUGGAACACGCUCCUAGAGUUCCUCACUCAUUUUACUAUACGCUGCAGCUCUGAGAUUUCAAGCUCAUGAAUGUUCAGGCGCCAGAGCACUCAAGACUCCUACAAUUCUGCACUCCGGCUCCAGAGCACUCCGAACACGCUCCGGUCCCGGAAUCCUCGGAACCACACUGUUCCGGCUCCUGAACGUUCACGAGCUGGAACCCUCAGAGCUGGAGCGUCCAGGAGCCGGAAUGGGGAACUCACGCAGUUGGACGGACCGCUUCGGCUCCUGAACGUUUGUGAGCCGGAACCCUCGGAGCUGGAAAUGUUGGAGCCAGAACGCUAGAGUCGGGACUUGCAGGAAAAAAAAAUGACGAGAACAAAAUGCUUUUUUUAAAGGUGGGGGAGACGACCAGAACAGCCGUGUGGAAUAUCAAUCAAAAAGCCCCUCAUUACACACUUUUCUUUGUUUGUGUUCUUUUUAGAGGAGAUUUUUAGUCAGCGCCUGAGCUGAAAGUGUGUAAAUAUGUAUUUGGGUCAGUUCCAGUGACCGCCUUUAGAUGGUGUUUUUUGCAACUCUUUACUACACACGUUGGGAGGGAAGAAAAUUGAGGGGAAAAAAAAAAUGUAAAUGUUUCCAAAGAGAUUAAAUUGGCGCCCUUAAAAAGUCCAGGUUUUAUAGACAAUGUUUUUGUUUAAAAAAAAAAAAAAAAAAAAAAAAAAUGUUUUAGCAGAAAUCUAAAGUAAUGAAGCAGGAAGAAUUUCAACAAGAAGAUCAAAGGAUUCCGCUCACAUCAUCUUCCUCGUAUUUCUUUGGCUUCGUGGUGAUGUUUGAACACAGCACUUGGCGGCAACAACAACAAAAACCAUUUUGAUUUGACUUCUCCUCCCUUUGGAGCGCAAACUGCGACCACUCCCCCAAAAUGACUUCUGCUGAGAUGAUAUUGAAUGUAUUCGUCCCCCCAGAAACAGGCGAGAGCACCCUCACUUCCAUGUUCAUCCAAUAAAGAUCCCUUCAGUCAUGUUAA